ACCUGUCUCAGGAGGAGAAUGAGUUGGGGAUGUUUCUGAGGUUCCAGGCAGAACACGACCGCACCAAGGCUGGAAACAUGAUGGACGCAACCAGCAAGGCCCUGUGUGCCUCGGCCAAGCAGAGGCUGGUCCUGUGCCCGCCCUUACACCGGAUGGAGCAGGAGGUGGAGACGUUUCGGCGGCGUGCGAUCGCUGACACGCUCCUGACCGUGACCCGGAUGGAGAAAUCCAGGACGGAAUACCGUGGAGCGCUGCUCUGGAUGAAGGAUGUCUCUCAGGAACUCGACCCGGACACCUGUAAACAUCUGGACAAGUUCCGCAAGGUGCAGUCCCAGGUCAGAGGUUCGAAGGAUCUGUUUGAGAAGCUGAAGAACGAUUUCUGGGAGAGGACAGCCGAUGUGAUGAGUGGGAUUCAUGAGUCUUUUAAAGGCCUUGUCCCCUACCAGUUCACCACUCUCAAGGACCUCCGGGACCCUCUGGAGCAGCUGACAGAUUUAGAGAACCAGGACCAGAACAAAGAGAAGGCCAUACAGAGUAACAG